AUGUCACUUCAACAAACCUGUUCUGGCAAAACUAAUGGUUACGUCCAAAGCUUUCAUUCUGCCUGCUGGGAAGGUGUUCGCUAUCUUGCAUAUGGAACCGGAGGUAACUUAGUGAUAUAUAAUGGUUGUCUAGAACACAUCCAAACGACCGAAAUUUCAAAAUUAUUGAGAGACACCAAGCAGGAGCCAGAACUAGAGGUUGACAUAGUCUCAGUUGAGAUUUCAGAAUUUGAUGGCAAGAUUGCACUGACUGUUGGCACAGAUGCACUUGUAUUAUAUCCGCAACAAGCCAAUAAAGACGUACAUUGGAAUUUAAUGAAAAUACUGAAUCAUGAUUAUCCGGCAUUUUGUACCUCUUGGAGUGAUGAUCAACUAUUGGUCGGCGGUGAAACACUCACUAUUUGGGAACAAGCUAUAUCACAUAAUCAAGAGACUCCCGUAAAAUGGUCAAAAUUAUGGGAACAAAGGGUCUCCUCAAAAACAGUACUUGCACAAUUUUCACCUGAUUCUACAUUAUUUGCUUCUAUGAGCGAUAACGAUAGGUUGGUGAAAAUUUGGUGGGAUCCUCAUAAUAGUGAGAUGAAAAAUCGAGAAUAUGAAUUUAAUUACUUACCACAUCCAAGAGCCGUGACAAAUUUUGCAUGGCGAAAAGGUUCAUCUGAACAAAAAAAUGCCGCAGGUUCUAAUAUUCUUAUAACAAUGUGUAAAGAUGGAAUCUGUCGAAUCUGGGCAUCAACAAAUCCUGAUGAGCCACAGUACUUUUAUAUCUCAACAGUGGUUGAUCCAUCACAAUCACUAGUAACACUCCAAUCAUUGGAAGAAGAAACAUACAAUGAAGAUCCUAACAUUUUUACAUCAAUACAUUGGAUCGAUUCAAAAGAAUUUUUAAACGCACUUAGAUCAAGUAUUGAAACGUUUGAUGGAAAUAUAGAUGAUUCUAUUUGUGGGAAUGGAUUAAGGAAAUUGAGGAAUUUGGCGAAUGAUACUCCUGAUUUGUUAUAUCAGGUUCAAAGAGAUGGAUCGAUGGUUAUUUGGGGAAUACGCGGCGUUACAUUCAGUAUUCGGAAUAUAGAUCAAAAACAUCCCAAAUUAACAUUAUUUUUACGUGGAGACAAAGGUCAUUCUAUUGGACAUGAUAAUUAUGUAAGCCUAGAUAUAAGUGUGGAUUUUCAAGUGACAUCAUUGAAAUAUACCGGAGUUUACUUAAUGUAG